GACUUAUCAGCGUGGAAACUUCAAAACCUAUUCGUCCGAGUGGAACCUGAGGGUCCACCCACCCGUGGAUGGAUCCUGCCCAGACCUCUGACCAUCGAUCACCGCACAUGUCACAUGCAGUAGGAAGUGAACAGCAGCUCCUAAACCUCCGCACCUCCACACGCUUUCGGUAACAGUCGGUUCUUUUCGCCCAGAACAUCGUCAUGCCUCUGCGGGUCACCAUGCAGGGUCCUGGGCCCUGGGGGUUCAGGCUAGUGGGGGGAAAGGACUUCGAACAGCCGCUUACCAUCUCCAGGGUCACCCCGGGGAGUAAAGCCGCCCAGGCCAACCUGUGCAUCGGAGACAUGAUCUUGGCCAUCGACGGCGAACCGGCAGACAGCAUGACUCACAUACAAGCCCAGAACAAGAUCAAGGGCUGCAUAGAGGAGAUGGUGCUCUCCAUAGACAGGUCAGAAUCUAAAAUGUGGUCUCCGCUGGUAUCUGAAGAAGGGAAGGCGCAUCCAUACAAGAUGAAUCUGGCAUCGGAGCCCAAGGAGGUGAAACCCAUUGGCUCCGCCCACAACCGGAGCGCGCUGCCGUUCACCGCCUUCGGAUCCAAGGUGGUGACAAACCAGUACAACAGCCCGUCAGGUCUGUACUCAUCAGAGAACAUCAAGACCUUCAACACGGCGGUGGACGAAGUGAAAACCAUGGCUUCGACCAAUGACCCCAGCAACACAGCUUCACCAGAUAUGUCAAAGCCCGGCAGUAAGCGGCCGCCCAUCGCCGCAGAUUCAGAGGUUUAUAAGAUGCUGCAGGAGAACCAGGAGUCGGAUGAACCUCCUCGACAGUCCACGUCAUUCAAGGUCCUUCAGGAGAUUCUGGAGACCGGUGACUCCGAUAAACCGUCAGGGUUCAGGAGCGUCAAAGCACCAACGUCAAAGAUUGGAUCGUCGGUGGGAAACGCAGAUAAGUUACCGGUCUGCGACAAAUGUGGAUCCGGGAUCGUGGGGAUGAUGGUGAAGGUGCGUGAUAAGUUCCGCCACGCCGAGUGCUACACCUGCUCGGACUGCGACGUCAACCUCAAACAGAAGGGACAUUUCUUUGUGGAGGAUCAGAUUUACUGUGAGACACACGCCCGCGAGCGAGCGACCCCGCCCGAAGGCUACGACGUGGUGACGGUUUUCCCCAAGUAGACGACGGAGCGCGGCGUCGGACUGAUCCGCACGUGACCGAGGCGUCUCCAACACUUAGUUGACGAUGCUGAGACUAUGAAACGGCCUCUUCACUCAGUUUACUGUAGGAACGACAGUAAAGAACAGCAUUUGCACAUUAACUCUGGCCUUUAUUCCAACCAUGAUGAUCACAUUUAUCCAUUAAACACCAAGUGUGAUGAUAAUUGACAAGUGAAAUGUUGCGACUUCAGCUCAGAGGCGUCGUUAAGAUCGAAAACAUCACAAACUGAUUCCAGAUCUGAAGAUUCACACCAGAAUGAAACCAGUUACAAGUAGUUUGACCCAAAGGUUCACAUCCACUACUUAUUUUCUUCUUCAUUUUUCCUCUUUUUUAGCUCUUUUUUUCCAGUUUUAUUUUGUUCAAUUUUCCUAUUUUUGGCGCUCUCUCUUUUUUUUUU